AAAUGUUGAAACAAGGAUUUUAGAUCGGAGGGUUAUACCAGGAGAUGCGCCAGAUGCAGUUGAUUCAGGAAGAACUGGCAGGCGUUCUGAUCUGUAUAAAGUAACAGAUGAAGUAGGUAUUGACAGGCGUUCUGAUCUGUAUAAAGUAACAGAUGAAGUAGGUAUUGACAGGCGUUCUGAUCUGUAUAAAGUAACAGAUGAAGUAGGUAUUGACAGGCGUUCUGAUCUGUAUAAAGUAACAGAUGAAGUAGGUACUGACAGGCGUUCUGAUCUGUAUAGGUAACAGAUGAAGUAGGUAUUGACAGGCGUUCUGAUCUGUAUAGAUAACAGAUGAAGUAGGUAUUGACAGGCGUUCUGAUCUGUAUAGGUAACAGAUGAAGUAGGUAUUGACAGGCGUUCUGAUCUGUAUAAAGUAACAGAUGAAGUAGGUAUUGACAGGCGUUCUGAUCUGUAUAAAGUAACAGAUGAAGUAGGUAUUGACAGGCGUUCUGAUCUGUAUAGAUAACAGAUGAAGUAGGUAUUGACAGGCGUUCUGAUCUGUAUAGAUAACAGAUGAAGUAGGUAUUGACAGGCGUUCUGAUCUAUAUAAAGUAACAGAUGAAGUAGGUAUUGACAGGCGUUCUGAUCUGUAUAGGUAACAGAUGAAGUAGGUAUUGACAGGCGUUCUGAUCUAUAUAAAGUAACAGAUGAAGUAGGUACUGACAGACGUUCUGAUCUGUAUAGGUAACAGAUGAAGUAGGUAUUGACAGGCGUUCUGAUCUGUAUAGAUAACAGAUGAAGUAGGUAUUGACAGGCGUUCUGAUCUGUAUAAAGUAACAGAUGAAGUAGGUAUUGACAGGCGUUCUGAUCUAUAUAAAGUAACAGAUGAAGUAGGUAUUGACAGGCGUUCUGAUCUGUAUAGGUAACAGAUGAAGUAGGUAUUGACAGGCGUUCUGAUCUAUAUAAAGUAACAGAUGAAGUAGGUAUUGACAGGCGUUCUGAUCUGUAUAGGUAACAGAUGAAGUAGGUAUUGACAGGCGUUCUGAUCUGUAUAGGUAACAGAUGAAGUAGGUAUUGACAGGCGUUCUGAUCUGUAUAGAUAACAGAUGAAGUAGGUAUUGACAGGCGUUCUGAUCUGUAUAAAGUAACAGAUGAACACAAUACAGUUGUUAUCAACAUAUAUAUCGAGGAGCUGGUUCAUUCUAAACUGAUGACAGUCAAACAAAACACACAGGACAAGAACGGUAGGAUUUACAUCGAAGAGCUGCAUACUACACUACCGUCAGAUUUAAGACCUGGAGAUGAACUCGUUAAGUUAGACAAUGUAGUUUUCACCGAAACCACAACUGAGAGUAUACAGAAACAUUUCUCGUUUGAUGCAGAUUCAAAUGGCAGGCGAGCAAAAACUGUGACUAUCAGACGGACUCAGUCAGAGGAUGGAGAGACAGAGGAGAUCGACGUGGAAGUCGCCAUCAUGAGCAAAAUGAUAAAUGCUGAACAUGCUAGUAGGAUACAAACACGGUUCGUACUCCCUCGAAGACGACAACGACUUGGACCCCGACAUCAGGCACGGAAGGUUCAGUGGGUACAGCUGAAAAGGGAAAGAGCAGACAAGGUGUUCAUCCGAACCAGCAACAGGAAGUUUCUAACGGUCAGGAAUGGCGCCAUCGUCGGGGAAGAGAUGGGCGAAGACAACAAGAGAGAGUUUUUGUUUGAUCUGGUGCCAGGGACAGCAGCCUACUCAAGCAAGUAUUCAAGGCUCAAAACUAAAGUAGUGAUAUGCUGCAAGUUGCGUUGGAACUCAUACUGGCUAAAAACGAGCAUGGGGAGUGAUGGGGAAUUCGAAAUGGAAUUGACUGAGAAUGAUACUGACGAUCAUACCACUGUGUUCAAACGUCGAGUCAAGUCUGAUGGCCGUUACGGAACCGGAUUUGAAUGCCUGCUGUUCAAAAAUGUAUACAUACAAUACUAUCCUAGUAGAAAUGAGGUGGAUGUCAAGCCCUACAAUCCGCGAAUAAACAUCGGUGUAACUCUAAAGCUGUUCCGGUAUCUACUCUGUUCCACGUCGUCAAACAAGAGGUGAUGGUGGGCCUAACACGUGAUAUCCACUCGACUGAUGAGACAUCACCGGGGUUCAGAGCCAACAUAGACCGAUUUGAAGACGAAGAAACAGCAAGCUGUUGUUUCGGAUGUUUCGGCCUCUUCAGGAAAAGGUCAUCUCGCUCAGAUGAAAGUGGGUCUUUAGACAGUGAACCGACCUUUCCAUCCAACAACACUUCCAGCAGGAUGGGAACGGAGGACGGCGCGACCUGACCCUCUUGUAUUUCUAUAGAAUUCUGUGUACCGAACAACAGUAAACACUGACCCGGUCCAAAUGUCAGGUGUAAAACUGGACACGAAACCGACUGCGCAACUCACGAUGUUUACCGAGUAGCAUUGCACGCUAUUUGACCUAGUUACUCAAGGCUGUCUGAUAGUGUCGAUAGCCCUGACGUUGCUUAUGUUUGAGAAACAUUGAAAAUCGUCUCUGUAUUUUACUGCCAUCAUACAUUCUACGUGUUUCAAAGGUCUCCAAAAAUGUACUUUGAAAGCAUUUUGACUUAUUGUCACCGACUCUUAUCCUGUCGUACGUUUGUUUAAUCAGUAAGGUAUUCCUAUACACUUAUGUAUAAUAACCAUUGUGCAAUAGUAUCAAUAAAAGGAAAAGCGACAGUUUACAUACAUCCGCAAAGAGACAAACAGCCGAUAUUUUUUGUCGAUUAAAUAAAACAAAUAUGAAACAAUUUCUGAUAUAUUUCACUGACGGAAAAAUAUCUGUUGAUUCUUCUAUGUGUACGGAGACCGAUUGACCUUAUACAACCAAAACAUCAUAUGUUUAUCGUUUAUUUUGUCCUCAUUUUAUAUCGUCAGAAAUACUCACAUUUGUAGAAUGAGGUUUACUGUAUGUAAUAUUCCUGCAACCAAUUACAAAAUCACCCACAUAUCAUCAUCAGGUGUAUAUAUGCUCAACAUACAAGUAUCAUGCAUUUAUAACGAACGACGUAAUAUUAUAAUUGGGAGUCAAAACCGUGAAACUCCAUUUGGGCAUCAACAUACAGUGUGUAAUUACCAUGUUCAUUUGUAUAUGUUAUUUAUAGUGUAAAUAGGUAUGUAUUGUUGGUGUCGAUUGAGAUUGUUGUUGCAAAUAAAAUAAACACAAAUAACAAUGA